GGGAGGCGGAGCCGCGGGGUUGGGAGUGCGGGGGUCGCCGCGCAGAGUGGGAGCCGGAGAGCGAGCGCGGCUGCAGCCGGCGGCAUGGCUAGCACGGCUUCGGAGAUCAUCGCCUUCAUGGUCUCCAUCUCGGGCUGGGUACUGGUGUCCUCCACGCUGCCCACCGACUACUGGAAGGUGUCUACCAUCGACGGCACGGUCAUCACCACCGCCACCUAUUGGGCCAACCUGUGGAAGACGUGCGUUACCGACUCCACGGGCGUCUCCAACUGCAAGGACUUUCCCUCCAUGCUGGCGCUGGACGGUUAUAUCCAGGCAUGUAGAGGACUUAUGAUCGCUGCUGUCAGCCUAGGCUUCUUUGGUUCCAUAUUUGCGCUCUUUGGAAUGAAGUGUACCAAAGUCGGAGGCUCUGAUAAAGCCAAAGCUAAAAUUGCUUGUUUGGCUGGGAUUGUAUUCAUACUGUCAGGGCUGUGCUCAAUGACCGGCUGUUCCCUAUAUGCAAACAAAAUCACAACGGAAUUCUUUGAUCCUCUCUUUGUUGAGCAAAAGUAUGAAUUAGGAGCCGCUCUGUUUAUUGGAUGGGCAGGAGCCUCACUGUGCAUAAUUGGUGGUGUCAUAUUUUGCUUUUCAAUAUCUGACAACAACAAAACACCCAGAUACGCAUACAACGGGGCCACAUCUGUCAUGUCUUCUCGGACAAAGUAUCAUGGUGGAGAAGAUUUUAAAACAACAAACCCUUCAAAACAGUUUGAUAAAAAUGCUUAUGUCUAAAAGAGCUCGCUGGCAAGCUGCAUCUUGAGUUUGUUAUAAAAGCGAACUGUUCACAAAAUGAUCCCAUCAAGGCCCUCUCAUAAUUAACACUCAAAACUAUUUUUAAAAUACGCAUUUGAAGCAUCUGUUGAUUGUAUGGAUGUAAGUGUUCUUACAUAGUUAUAUACUAAUCAUUUUCUGUUGUGGCUUUCUAUAAAAAAUAAACAGGUUAUUUACAGGAUUUGUAAAA